AUGGCCGCGCAAUCCGCGAUUAUUGCUGAUCGUUUUGACCGCGUUGAAUCAGAUGCCUACGACCCCAUAGAUCCGAACGGGAACAUCACGAUCAACUGGGAUUUUCAGGUCCUCAACAUCAAGGACAUGUCCCCGUACACGGUCAUGGUGAGCAUCCACAACUACCAGAUGUACCGGCACAUCGAGCAUCCGGGGUGGCGGCUGAGCUGGAACUGGACGGGCAAGGAGGUCAUCUGGAACACGGUGGGCGCGGAGACGACGGAGCAGGGCGACUGCUCCCGCAUCGGCGCCGCGAACGCCCGCCCGCAUUGCUGCCAGAGGCAGCCCGUCAUGGUGGACCUUCCGCCCGGCACGCCGUACAACAGGCAGGUCGCCAACUGCUGCCGCGGCGGCGUGCUGUCGUCCCUCGUCCAGAAUAAUUUGACGUCCACCGCCGCGUUCCAGAUGGUCGUUGGCGAGUUCGCCCUCGCCAAGGACGGCGGCGGCGGUAUGGAGCCUGAGAAGCCGUGGCAUUUCGACAUCGGCGUGCCAGGCAUGGAUCAACCAGGGAUGCCGGCGUUGCCGGCGAGCAGCGACGACGAGCCGGCGGCGCCGAUCGUCUGGUGCUCCGAGCACAUGUGCCCGAUCCGGGUGCACUGGCACGUGAAGGUGAACUACCGGCAGUACUGGCGGGUGAAGGUGACGGUGUCCAACUACAACCUGGUGAAGAACUACAGCGACUGGAACUUGGUGCUGCAGCACCCGAACUUGCGAAGCCUCACGCAGCUGUUCAGCUUCAACUACAAGCCUCUCGUCGAGUACGGCAACUUCAACGACACGGGGAUGUUCUGGGGGUUACGUUUCUACAACGAGAUGCUGCUGCAGGACGGGAACGUGCAGACGGAGAUGAUUCUGGAGAAGGAGAGCGACUUCACCUAUUCCGGGGGCUGGGCGUUCCCGAGGAGGGUCUACUUCAACGGGCACGAGUGCGUUAUGCCGCCGGCAGACCAGUACCCCAGACUGCCCAACGGAGCCUCGGCUCUGCGGGGGUCGCUGAUCGCCGGCCAUUGCUUGCUGCUGCUAUUCUUCUUCGUUCUCGUGUAG